AUGUCUGAGUCCACCCAGGCAUUCCGAGCUGUCGUACAGCAGGAAGAGGCUCGCCUCCAAAAAGAGUUUCCAACACCUGAAGAUAUCCCCACCUGUAUGACCCUCUUCGAUGAGUUUUUACGCUGUAACGUGGUCGGCUCGCAGUUCAAGUCGCUCUAUAGGUAUGGCGAGAUGGCCAAGUGCACCCCCAAGAUGGACGAAUUCAAGUACUGCAUGAGCAUCAAGUCUCUGCAUCCCGAGGAGAAGCGCGCCGAGUGGAUACGACAUCGUGCAGAGUAUUGGGCGCGCAAGAGGUUGACUAUGAGCAGCGAAAACGUGUGGGAAGUACGGACGGAGCCGCUACAAAAUUACCCACCACCUCCGAAUUUUACUGUCGUGGUGGAUAGCUCGACAGCUAUCCACUGA